AUCAGAACAGAGAAACGCGUCGUCUCUCCCAGAUUUCAAUCCUCUCAACUUUCCCUUUUGAUCAGAACAACAAUUGGGAAAAUUGAGGUCUCUGGAUUGGUCAGAUUCUCAAACUUUCUGCUGAUUAAGAUUAAAGGGUUUCUCUGUUUACGUUAAUCCUUCUCAAAAAUCUCAACUUUCCCGAGAAAGUUUCAGUUUUUCUUUUCCGGAGAAACCGUGAAUUACGGUUUGGUGCAAAUCGUGCUGCUUCAGGUGGAUUGUAUUUGACAUGAAUUAGGAAAGAAAGGAAGAAACUUUUGCCUUCUCCAGAUUGUUUUGGAUUUGGGUCUACGUUCCAUUUCUGUGUUGCUUUGAUUUGUCUUAUGGAUACGACUUGUGGAGAGGCUAAAGAAGCCAAUGGAUGUGAGGAUGGUAAUAACAAGGGUGUUGUUGUUAGUCUAAAGAGCAGUGAGGUUGAGGAUCAAGUCUGUGAGGAGGAGGAAGAAGAAGAAGAAGAAAGUGAGAAACAGUGUUUAUUGCCGCCUCCUAGGAAAGGAGGUAUGUCGAGGAGUACUGACAAGAUUAAGAGGACUGUUCAGUGGAAUGAUAACAAAGGAGAUAAUCUUGCUGAGGUUUUAGUUUAUGAACCAAGCGAAGUAAGCGAUGCAGAAGACGAUGAUUCAGAUUCCUGCAUCUGCACAAUUAUCAAACAGUUUUUGUGAGGACAGAAGAAACUAACAUUAGCGAGAGUGAACAUCACAAUCUGAUUUUAUGCUCAGGACUUGUGUCAAGAAUCCAGUUCAAACAAGGGAUGUAGACUCCUAUAUAUCCAAUCGUCACAUCUCAGUCACAGGAGUGAGAGAGUAUAUAUAUUACAGAUUACUUCUUUAUUGUUCAACAGAGGCUGAUCUUCAAAUACUUGAGUGCUAUUUGAUUUUUGACAGGUUUUGAUAGUAAACAACUAUGUAUGUCUUUCUGCAACAU